AACUGCGAAUUUCCCAAUUUUCUUGGUGUUGCUGGAAGUUAAAUCAAUGAAAGUUGUCACACAUAAAGCAAUAUGAGCACGGAGCAGGCCGCCGAAACCAACUGUAGUGCAAGCAAUGUUCAUAUUUUAUCGCCGGAGGAAAACGACUCAAAGAAAGAGGCGUUCAAAAGAACUCCGUUCUCAAAGUUGAAGAAAGUGCACGCCAGUUUCAAGUCACCACUUCAGGUAGCUGAAAGUCCUAAAUUUAGUCCUGAAGAGGAGGUGGCAGAGCUACAAAGGAAACAGGAACUGCUGGAUUUAGAGAUAGCACAGCUGGAGGCAGAGGGAUAUAGAGUUGAAGAGCUGGACAUUCAUAUUAAUAAGCUGCAUGAAUACAAUGACAUCAAAGACAUUGGACAGUCACUUCUAGGUCGUAUCGCUGCUCUGAGGGGGACCACCACACGAGAUCUCUACUCACACUUUGGUCUUGAACUGGAUGACUGAAAAGAGAGUAGGG